GGCAGCAGGUGGGAGCGGGGCUGUUGCUAUCAAUAUGGCGGUUGUCAGCCAGACAAAGACAGUCAGUCUGAUGUGAUUGAGACAAGGGAGGUUUUCAGGGGGAGACUGGGAGAUAGAAGCCUCCCCUCCCCCCUCAGCUCUUCCUGCGCGGGCCUGGAGCCCUCCUCAGCCCCUCCCGCAGGGCGCCCCGCGGUGAAGAUCCCCUCCCCCUCCCGCCUUCCUCCUCCCUCCCUCAGCCUUGCACUGGGACGCUGGGGAGGGGGCUGAGCCGGGUGCAGAGAACUCUCAGCUGGAUUUCCGAGAAUGGUGAAUGAGGCUGGCCAUCUUUGGAAAGGCCAUUGAUCUGCCUCAUGUAAAGUAUGCUCAGCUCCUUUCCAGUGGUUUUGCUGGAAACCAUGUCUCACUAUACAGAUGAACCCAGAUUUACCAUAGAACAGAUAGAUCUGCUCCAACGUCUUCGGCGCACGGGGAUGACCAAACAUGAAAUUCUUCAUGCAUUAGAAACUUUGGACCGUCUUGAUCAAGAGCAUAGUGAUAAAUUUGGAAGGAGGUCCAGCUACGGGGGAAGCUCGUAUGGGAACAGCACCAACAAUGUUCCAGCAUCUUCCUCUACAGCCACAGCGUCCACGCAGACCCAGCACUCCGGAAUGUCCCCAUCACCCAGCAACAGUUACGAUACCUCCCCACUGCCUUGCACUACCAAUCAAAAUGGGAGGGAGAACAAUGAUCGAUUGUCCACAUCCAAUGGGAAGAUGUCACCAUCUCGCUACCAUGCAAACAGCAUGGGUCAGAGGUCAUAUAGCUUUGAAGCCUCAGAAGAGGACCUAGAUGUAGAUGAUAAAGUGGAGGAAUUAAUGAGGAGGGACAGCAGUGUGAUAAAAGAGGAAAUCAAAGCCUUUCUUGCCAAUCGGAGGAUUUCCCAAGCAGUUGUUGCACAGGUAACAGGGAUCAGUCAGAGUCGAAUCUCUCACUGGCUGCUGCAGCAGGGAUCAGAUCUGAGUGAGCAGAAGAAAAGAGCAUUCUACCGAUGGUAUCAGCUUGAGAAGACAAACCCUGGGGCUACGUUAAGUAUGAGACCUGCCCCCAUUCCAAUAGAGGACCCUGAAUGGAGACAAACACCUCCCCCAGUCUCCGCCACACCUGGAACCUUCCGGCUUCGAAGAGGGAGUAGAUUUACCUGGAGAAAGGAGUGCCUAGCUGUCAUGGAAAGUUACUUCAAUGAGAACCAGUACCCAGAUGAAGCAAAGAGAGAAGAAAUUGCCAAUGCUUGCAAUGCCGUCAUACAGAAGCCAGGCAAAAAGCUGUCUGACCUGGAACGAGUUACCUCCCUGAAAGUAUAUAAUUGGUUUGCUAAUCGACGGAAGGAGAUCAAGAGGAGAGCCAAUAUCGCAGCAAUCCUGGAGAGUCAUGGGAUAGAUGUACAGAGUCCAGGAGGCCAUUCCAACAGUGACGAUGUGGACGGGAACGACUACUCCGAGCAGGACACUUGGCAAGCACGCAAUGGGGAGGAGGAGGAGGGAAGAAGUUCAGAGGGAGGCAGAGAAGCAGAGAAGGUAGAAGAAGAGAGGAGGAUCUGACCCAAACAAGAUGACAGCACCAGCCAUAGUGACCACCAAGAUCCCAUCUCGCUAGCUGUGGAGAUGGCGGCCGUCAACCACACUAUCUUGGCAUUGGCCCGGCAGGGAGCCAAUGAAAUCAAGACAGAGGCCCUGGAUGAUGACUGAUCAGGGAGUUACACAGUUAACUUAGUUUAGACGUAGCACCUUAGCAGACUUUCCUCAGUCCUUAACAUGUGUUCUUACAGUAUAACUUACAGUUUCUUGUAUGUCAGGUAGCCAUUAGGGUCUUGUUCUGUGAAGAUGGCAUGGUGCCCUCAGCCUUUGCAUAUACUCUCAGUAUUAAAAUUCCAGUAAGUAAGAAGCAGACAAACAAACUUCCCUCUCCCGGCCCCUGAGGCUAAAAAAAAAAAGAUCUCGCUGCUCCGUCUUAGCAUUCCAAGAAAGUGCUUCCAGGUAUUUAGAUAACCCUCAGUUCUCAAAUAUUAGGCUCUGUGUAAAAUCUUGGGUACCUUUAGAUUCAUGUAACACUAGGCUGUACCCUGUCCCUGCCCUAAGACUGAUAGGAUGCAAGCUGAGGUAGUGGCACAGGGCCGACAGACAGCAUCUGGGACGUAUUCAUGGAGCGGAGCACAAGGAACACUAGCGCCCCGCCUCGGCGUGAGACUCACUGAUUCAGCUGCAAUAAGCCGUGCCUCCUAGUCACAGUGUGGCCAGGCUCUACUUCUUUGGGUGCUGUGUUAAGAAUGCCAUUGGAAUCCCAAGCUCAGGUCUUGGUUAAUGCUAACGUGCCCAACACAGACAUCCUUCUCUCUCACAAGCUGUGUGACCUAGUAGAUAAUAUACUGCCUUCUGCCUUUGGGACCAUGAUUCUAAAACAAAAAGGACAAAAACCAAGUUCUGAAAAGCAAAGCCCAGCUUGAGAGCAGUAGGGAAAAGCACGAGCCGAGCCGAAUGUCGGAUGGAUGCUGAGCCCAGUUCUCAGAGCAGCUAUACAUUCCACAGCGCCAUACCAGCGCCUGCCUGGGAAAGUGUUGGCCUUACCUUGGAAGUUGCUUUGCCUCCUGUUGGUGCCCCCUCCCUGCUACCAAAAAAGGAUAGAGCUGAGGUCACGAGGGAGUGAAAGAGCAGGCUUUGUGCCGGUCACCUGAAACCCACCUGAAGUCCCCAGAGUUGUUAGUACUCUGUUAGGGACUGUGGCAACUUGACUGUCACACAUGGAGGUCCUUGCCUAGCUAGGGGCAGAAAAAGCAGGGGAUAUUUACCACCUACAUCCUGAGCGUGUGGGAUAGCAGGAUGUCUCUGCUGUCUUCUCUUUAUCUGUCCUUGUGGAGGUGUGAAAGCUAUAUUGCUACAGGCAAUUUAUUUAGUAAUUGGAAGCCAUAUUGAUAAUGGAUGUGGUGAUAUUUGUAGUUUAAUCUACUUUAAGCGGCAGUAACUAAUAGAAUUUUUUUCCUUGAUCAUAUAUGUAGCACUUUUGUUACUUUUUAAAGAUAUUUAUAUUUGAUAAAUCUUUUUUUCAUUUUGAGAACUCAAAAUACCAAACAGUGAGCUUGCGUUAUAAAGUCACCCUGUGGUCACCUUGUCAUCUCGUAGCAAAGUGAUGAACUAUUCAUGCAUCAAAGAAAAUUACAUCUGCUGGCCUUGUGUGAAAAUGAUCUCCUGGAGCCCUGAUUAAAUAGCACACUGUCACUGUGGGUAAGCAGAAACAGCCUUCAGUGAAUGGUGCGGUGUGUGCUGAGAGAGGCUGAGUGCUCUCGGCCUCCUCCCAUCUCCCCUCUGUUGUGUCUGAUGAAGCCUGGCUUAGAGGGCAGUGUGGAGUGGGCCUCUGCGCAGGCUUCCAUCUUUUCGUCCAUGCCUGAACCAAUCUCUAAGAUAGAAAGUAGGUGCCAUCUCCUCACCCCCUGCUUCCUCACCAAGUGUGUCCAACUUCAAAACUGUUGUGAGAGGGCACGCUGACCCUCCUCACCUUCCCCUGGGGAUGCUGGCCAGACACUCAGUAUCCACAGUGUUUAGCUGGUCUCACGGGGCACACUCUGUCUGGAUUAUCCCUUAGGUAUAAAUCUUGGUUACAGGAAUGUGAGGAGUCAAGUCAUCUUUGAGGGGCUGAGGAUGCUACCCCACCUACGUCUGUGACGUUGAAGGGCACUAGAUAGGGCUUGGCCCUGCCCCUAUCAGAAGAUUUCAGGGGGAAGUGUAUGCAUUUUUUCCCAGCUCUGAGAACUGAAGUAAAAUGGAGCCAUCUUCUCUUACUGUAUUACUUGAACCACAGAUUUAAGAGUAGCAUUUCUUAUUCUCAGGAACAAGCCCUCACCCCCCACCCCCGCACCUACUUAGAACCCUGCAUGGUUUCUUUGAUUUGUGUGUUUGUUUCACCUAGGAGAUUGCAUUGCCUCUCUCUCUUCCCUCUUGUUAGAAGGAGUAUCCCUAUUAUGUCUUUCCAUUUUGGUUGAGUUUUGUCUGCUCAUUCUCAGUUGAAUCAGAAAGAACGGGGGGGGGGGGGGGACGUAUUUUUCUGACAAGCCACAUCCAUGAUUUAUGAGAUUAUGAUGAUUGACAGCUUCUUUAGGGUGCAGCUGCUCCUGCCGUUUGUUCUCACUUGCUGUCUUAAAGGAACAGGCUCCAGCUGUUAAGACAGCUCCAGUCUGUAAGGGAACUCCAACUGCAGCAGAAGAGCAAAGUGUUCUGUCAUCCUAGGGCCUUUUAGAGAGAGAGCAGUACAGCAGAGGAUACCAAGCCCUAGCUGGUACAGGCAGUGACAGCCCUGUGUGGCAGUGUGGUGGUACCAGAAGAGUACAGUUACCAUGGAGGCUGGCACACGCGCACAGACUCACAGCCUUACAAGGAACUUGCGCUGUUUCACCUACAGUAAGAGUUUGCUUCUUUGGGAUCAAGGUUCAAAAACUACCAUCAGGCAGUUUUCCCAGGGUCACCAGGUUUGAUUCUGCUUCUGGUCCUGAUCCCUGAGCUCUUGGAAUGGCCACAGAACAUCCAGUCAGACUCAUCCUCUGUGCUCCUUGCUUGCCCUGUCUGCUCUCAUCUCCUUCUGCACUUCUUGUGGUUCCAGAGCUCUUUUAGGUUGUACCUUCUUGACCAGUGACUACUGGAAGCAAGAGAGGAGGGGAGCAGGCGCUCAUAGACUGUGGUGACGUUUACUUAAGAAUUACCGCUGCUGGAUAAGAAGGGAGGGGAGCAGGCAUUUGUAGACUGUGUGAUGGUGUUUAUUUAAGAAUUACUGUUGCUGGAUAAGAAGGGAGGGGAGCAGGUGUUCCUAGACUGUGCUGCGACGUUUAUUUAAGAAUUACUGUUGCUGGAUAGGAAGGUAAUUUCCCACCUUCUGGUACCUUACAUGGCGACCUGUUAACAAAGGACCAUCUUAAGAUAUUCUUGCCUAUCUGAGACAGUCACCGGGAAGGGCAGUGCAGUGCUCUUCUGUGUGUGACUAUGCAGGGCCCUCAGACUCCAGAGACACUUGAGUUCACAGCAGGCAUGUUUGUGUUGAACGCCCCAUAAGGCAGGUUACAGGAGGAGAGAACCUGGGACAGGGAGGCGGACAGCUAUGUUCCUUUCACUCCAGCUCACUGGGCAGCCUUAGGAAGAUGAGUACAUUGGAAACCUGCUGGGACUACUGAGCUCCACUCCAGAGCUCUGGUUCCUGGGAGGUUUGUCACUCAGCCACACCCAUUAUCUUAGGACAUCUGGGAAUGUUUUUACCCCAUGGGAAUGGCACAUAGAAAGCUGAUAUAGUCGUUUGCAUUCUCUCUAGCUUUAGGACUCCUGCUUUAAACUCCUCUUGGAGAUGAGUCUCCAGGCACCGGCUAUGGUAGACUCUGUUCCAUCAGGAUGCUCCAGCACUCUGUCCGUCUCCACAUGGUUUCUCUUCCUUCCAAACUGUCUCAGCACUGCGUCUUUGUCUUGAGCUGACAUUGCCGGACGUUUUCUCUCCUCUGAGCACAGGCUUAGUGGGCAGUGUUAGUCUGCUCUGAAUACAGACCAUCCCUCUUUCCUAUGUCAGGUAGCCAAGGUUCCACGUGCCAAGCCUGUUACCUUUGUCUACACAGUGAAAAUAAUCCCUUUCCACAGAGACUUCUCUGUCCUGUCCUAAAAGUCUUCCUCAAGUCCUUUCUCUCCCUGGUCUCAAGAAGGUUGUGAAGCAGUGCUCCAAUCUAACCAGGUCAGCUCUAGCCCAGAACUUUCUUCUCUUUUGCUUAGAGAACAGCCUGGGUUUUUCUCUGCGAGCCUCACCAAGUUCUUAGGCAAUAACUUCUUGUGUGGUGGUGGCCUCCUGCAUGAGCAUCGGUCCCUCCAUCUCUGUGACGUUGUCAUCUUGCUAUGAUUAGUAGCUACGUUUUAAUACUGUAUUUAUUGAGACUGUACUGAGACUAGCUGAUUCCACGUACAGCAUAUACUGAGCCGAAUUUAUUUUUUUAAGAUUUCCCAAGUGAAGGUUGGGCACAUGGACCAGUUCUGCUGUGUUGUGUUUGAGUGGAGCUGGGUAGGGAUGUACUGGGCCAGGGGCAGGAACUACACAUGCACAGCACUCCUCUGUGUGUGCUUGGUACAUUGUAAAUGUGUUUACUCAGGACUGGGCCACCAGUUGUCAGCCGUACUGGAUUGAACGAACGGCACUGUGGCUGUGAACCACACCCUUUAUAUCUGUCUCCUCAUUGUUUGUUGCCUCUGUAACAGUGAGCACCAGACAACCAUGGAAGGCUUGCAGAGAGGCAGCCACACAUGGCCAGUGCUUGCUAAGGCUUUCAUGGUAGCAUGCAGUCAGAACAGGUGCUCUGUCCCUCAUAGCGUCCUUCAUUACACUCCUCCAUCUCAAAGAUGGCCACCACUUAAGAAGAGUGAUUUUCUUGCUGUACUAGGAAACUGACAUAGGAAGGCCAUAGGGAAGGCUUUGAGGCCUGCCACAUCAUCAAGCCAGUGCUCUGGUUGCAAAAGUGCGUCUCUUAUAGCGUACAUUCUAAAAGAGUCUUCUCAGUGCCAUUUGUUUGUAAACAUAAGGGGGGACACUACUUCUUAUGGCAGCACGGAGGCCUGGCAUGCUUAAAAGGAAGCUUUGUGAGUAUCUGUGGACUGGUAGAAGCUGGAAGUUUGGGAAUUGAGAGGUUUCUAUAGAUACUGCAUUACACCAUGUGUGUGGAGGAGGUGGUAAUGGAGACAAAAAGGAAAGUCAGCCACCUGAACCACCCAAACCUCCAACGCUAGUUUUCCUCCUUAACCAAGAGAGGCGAAGACUGAAGGAAGGUUCGGCUCGCCAACCUGGUGGUUGCCUUGGGACUCCUGAUAUAUAUGUCCCCAGGCUGCUUUAUCGUUCUUGGCACCCGGGCAGAACUAAACCUAGUUGGUCCAAGUGCGGUGAGAUACGAGUGUCUGGGGCUUUCCCUAGCCUCUACUAGGUAGCACGGGAGCCUGGCUGCCAUCCUUGGCUUACACACCCUUUCUGUGGCCAGUCUUCAGGCUGUACAGCUCUAGCACUGUUGUUGGGGAGUUUGAUGCCCCACUUAGAACACCCAGGAGGCCAGCUCCCCUGACUGCAUGUCCGUCGUUUCUCUCUUUAAAUAAGCCUGGCUCCAUACAGCCAUAAUUAACUCACAAACUCACGAUGGUGUGCUGUGAUCAAAUGAAGGUUUGGCAGAAUCUUUUUUCAAAUUGUAACCAUGGUAAUUGAGGGGGGUGGCAUAGAAUGAAUAUAUAAAAGUAUAAUGGCAAUUGUUCCGAAUGACUGAGUGUCCUCCUGACAUGUAAUUAGCUGUUUUAGCAGGGUGUAGAUUGGCAUGGUCAUAAUUAAGAGGAUUUCUGUCCUUUAUGUGUCUGAGAAUAGCAGAGCCCAUCCUCAUUCCCUUUGAGCACUAAUGCUCCUGAGAACAUUUGGAACUACAGCUCAGUAAACCAAAAUAAUGAUAUAGGAUUCAUCUCCCAUCCAAGUGCGAGAGCAUUGGGAAUCAUUUCAGGUCCAGAAUGGAAGACUUUGCUUAUUGCCUGCAUCUGACUUCCAAAUUCUCUUAAACCUCUUAUGUCCAGUUUCAACUUAUUCUACUUUGGCCAGAAACUAGUCAGUGUCUCACACUGAGAUAGCCUCCGGCAGAGCCUCCCGGGCCCCACUCUUCCCUAGCAGCUGGAAUACCUUUCCUGGGGACACUGGCUGCUUAACUGGGCUUCCUGGGAUUUUCAGGCUUUUCCUUGGAAACUUGAUUAUUACCACUGCCAUGACCAUUAGAAAGAAUUUGCCACACGGAAGUGUACAGUUGAGUGAUGUUUUCCUUAUGGAACCAUAAGACCUACAACAGAUAACAUGAUGAGAACACGCACACAUCAGCCUCACACAGGAAUGCGUGGACUCGGGCUCCAGUAUAUGCACCCCAACUUGCUCACACCUAGUUUGUUCAUCCAUCACAAGUCUCCUAAGCUAUUCUGCCGUCCCGAUGGAGUCCUGGCUCUUCCGAAGCCAUGUUCUCUGUGCCCCAGUUAGUCUUUCUUUAUGCACCUGUGCCUUCAGGCGGGCAUCAUAUAAUGCUCAGAGCCUGUGGUGUCCUGACUAGGAACUGCAGACCUCACUAGCCCCUCUCCAGCUGAUGCUUAGUUUGGACUUUUUCUUUUUUUUCUAGUCAUCCUUUGCAGGAGCCUUGAUUCAAUUAGAACGUCAGAAGGGUCCACCGGAAUGCCAGCAGCUACCAGUGCUAAGUGGCCUUUUAUAAGCUCUUCUGCCCAUGAGGCUCAAGACUCAGGUGAGGCUAACUUGAGUUCAAGAGCCCUGUCUUUUUCAGGCUGGACCCCUGUGGGAUUAGUUAGUAGCUGAGUGAGUGUGUGUGUGCGCGUGCGUGCGAGUGCAUGUCUUCACCCUUUCUAUAAGUGUCCCCUCUCACCCAGAACACUAACCAACCAAGAUGCUGAGGUUGAGUAUAAGCCUAAGAGAGGUCUAGAGAGCCCUCUUCCCUCAAUACACAGACACACACAGAGAGGCAAGGAAGAGUUUCAGUUCCUGGGGAUGCUUCAGUUUGACUCCUCCCAAGAUACCUACAGUGAAAUGUACAGCAGGGGUGUGUGUCAGGAAGGUGGUCCUGGGAGGAUGGCCAUUACUGCUGCCUCUGUAAGUUACCUCUUGGCCCCUCCCCAUGCCCACAGGUCAGAGGUGUGGUCCUUGGGACUUGUCAGCCUUGAUGUGGAUGUCAGACUUAGAGCGCUUCUUCCUUUCCCAGCUGCUGAGCCACUGCUGUGCCCGUUAGUGGUUCAGGCCUGCCUUCUGACUCCAUUCACUGAAAGGUCGCUGGUUGAGCUAAUUUUAUGACUUGGGUGACAUGCACUGCACAGCAGUGAAACGUUACGAUUACCUGUGAGCACUCAAGGGAAUGGAAUUGGCAUGCAGCCAGAAGUUCCUAACCUCAGCUGCUCGGGCACUCAGGGGGCCGCUCUGAUUACAGACACCCUGCCCAGGGUAAAUAUUCCUGUAUAUCACAGACACCCCCACCUCAACACAGAGCCAACUCAGCAGUCAAGGACAGUGUAGGUGGUACUUGCCUGGGGAUAGCUUUGUUUGCUUCCCUCCCUCCCUCCCUCCCUCCCUCCCUCCCUCCCUCCCUCCUUCCUUCUUUCCAGGAAAACCCCAGAAGUUACUAUCGUAAGAAUCCAGAUGUUGGUAUUUGGGAAUGUGUAGUCUUACUGUGCUGAGGUCACUGCCGCUUGCUGUUCUUGGGGUACACGGGGUCACCCCAGUACCACAGCCACUUCCAUUCUCGUCUCUGCAGCUGAAUCCUCAGGCAGUGCAUCACUGUGGGGUGCUGGUCCACAGCUCUCCCCAACUGCCCUGCAGUAGCUUCCCCAAAGCCUGCUCUUUUCAGUUCUUGCAGAGCUUAGCUCCUGGGACUUUGAGUCACCCUGCUUGAGUUCCCAAGGGUUUGUGCUGAACCCUCCUACAAACCCUGCUGUUCCUCUACCAUACAAAGGAAGUAGAAGCAUUGAGGAGCCCAAGGUUCUGGUGCUCUGGUAUUAGUGUGACUCUGGCCUGGCUUCCUUGGCUCCUUAUCAACACUGACUGGCCCAUAAGUAGCAGUUUCUUGAAGACAUUCAAAUUUAGGCCUAGAAUAAAACUUUUUAAUAUCCAGAGUCCAAGAAUGGAGCAAGCUGCCUCAGUUGAUGUGGCAGUUUAAUGACUACUGGUCAGUGACACCAAACAAGGAACAUCUUCCAAAUGACCUGCUACACUCCUUCACCCAGCCCUCCAACAACCCCCCCCAUCAUCAUCUUUUCUAGCUCCUUUUCUUAUACAAUUAGGUUCUCCUGAGAGUUGGCUAGGUCACUGUCCUCUUCUGAUCUGUUAUAUCAUGAGUAGCCUUAAAGCCCAAGAGAAUGAAGUGCACCCGAGGAGCAAGGCCGAAGGACUCUUCAGGCUGGCUCCUGGGCUGCUGGUGCUGUGACACUAGCUGGCCAACGGGGUCUUAGCACUGUCUUCAUUUUGGCCCAAACACCUUGAUUUGAAGAAAAAAGAUUAUGGGUGCCUUUCAUUUUGGUGUAAUCAAGAUUUUGCAUCUUUGCCAGUGGCCAAAGGUGCCAUGGAAAUUGUGGGAUAAAAUCAGUGCCUGUCACUUCCCAGGGCUCAAGACAGAGACCGGUCCCAGGGACUUAUGUGAAGGUUGUUGCUCCCGCAAGGACUUCGCUUCCCAGCACUUCCAGGAUGAAUCUCUCCAGUCUUGCUUGUAGCAUCCUUGGCCUAGAAACCCCUCCCAUUUUGCUUUACUGGAAUUAAGAGCCCAGCCUAAACCUGUGAGGCCAUCUGUCCACUCCACGGCUCGCUGAGGCCAUUAGACUAGAAAACCAAAUGGCAUUAGAGCUGUAUGAAUGCAAACAGCAGCCACUCCCUGAUGCUUCCUGGGCCCCAUCUGCAGGCGGGAGGUGUGUGUGUGUGCAUGUGUGUGUGCGCGUGUGUCAUGUGUGCUGAGUGGAGGUGAGCACUUAUGGCUGCUUUCAGAAAGCAUCCCUUUAUCAUUUGCCUUGAUGCCCAUAUUGACUGUAUUGAAAGCAGUGGGGAUCUCAUCACUCAUCUUUGAAAAUGGGCACCAGAAAAACAAAACCAAAGUUCUCAGGGCGGGUAGAGCUCUUUCUUUCCAAGCACUGGCCAUUCUGGCAAGCUUUCUCCUUUAUGCUCUUUGGUUCUACCACAAUACCACUUUGAAAGUUCUCUUCUUUCUUAGUGGCUCCUCACAGUGACCCUAAACAGUGUGUCAGGGCAGUCUGCACCUCAUUAGGUGCAGAUCAGGGACCACAGAUGCCAAACUGGCCCCUGAGCCACCAUAUAACUUCACUGGCUGGAAGGUGCCAAGACUGUGGCAGUUGUCAAUCCUGGAAGAGCCUACAGCCUUCUCCAAUCUCCCCAUGGGCUCAGCCUCCCUUCCAUGGCCAUGGUUAGGUUGGGUCUGCAGUAUCUUCUAGAACAAACUUCUUAUUUAUGUUUAAGUGCCUAAGCAAGUUACAGACCUCUGGGACCUGCCUGAGAGUUGGCCUGUGCCCUGUCCUUCCCACCAUGCACCCCGCUCAGGGCAGGUGUUAUGCACAUUCCCCACUCCCCAACCCAGUGUCCCUGCCAUUCUGCAGGCAGAAUGGUCGCAAGGGCAAGCAAGGGGAGAGGGCUGGCUUUGUCCCUGUUUCCUGUGUUCCUUCUGUUGAUGUGACUGUGGUCUUGGAUCAGAGAGAGUUUUAAGGAAUCUACUUAGCUAGAGCUCUGUGGCUACUGAGUGAAGAACAGGAGUGAGACGCCUCUGAGCAGAACUCCAUCUGUCAGCACUUGAGGGGGGCCACUACCAGCUGUAAGAGGGCUAGCAGGCGGGGAUCAUGACUGAUAAACCUGUGUGUACUGGAGCCCUGACCGCAUCCACAGCCCAGAUACCGAGGAGCUGAAGGCCAUCGGCAGUAGAGGCAUAGUAAGAUCCAAUGUGCGCUCUUUAAAAUGAGAGACUGUUUUGGGGAAUAAGGUAUGAGCUAGAUCCGGGCCUUUUAUUUACAUGGGGUAUAGGACAGGUCAUUGACUGCUGUGCUUAGUUGGUACAACAGUGACAAGAAGAAAGGAACAAUCCAUUACACAGGCACCUUAUUUUCAUUACUCCAGGAUUUUUGUUCAGACAGUGAAGUAAUGCAAACACUGGGCAUUUGCAUGUAACAGGUGCGGAUGACCCUGCCUCACCUAGAGAGGGGAAAGCAGAGGGUGAGUGGCCAAGUGGUGGCAAAAGGGAGGCUGUGGAGCAUGCAAAACCCACACUGCCCCUGAGGAAUGUGUCACCCUCUAGAUGCAGCGUCCAUGGUCUACCUACCAAGCACCUGUCUGGCUCGGUGUAAUUGAGGAAUGUCAACUGGAUGCAAAUUGAGGGACGACAGCUUUGAGUCAGAGCAUCAGGGGGGCCAGGAUGCUGGGCCCUGACUGGACUUGGACUUUCUAGCAAGAGCCCAAUGCACGCCUGUUGAGGUGCAGCGUGUGUAAUUCACUGUGGGUCUGGGAACAAGUUGGCACUGCCAGCUGGGAAGUGGAAAGCAGGCUUACAUGUUCUGACCAGACACCAGGGACCAGAUGUCUUGAGGUUGCCUGCAGGUAUUCAGCCUUCUGGCUGUGUAGGAUCCUGCCAGAUGAGUCGGGGAGGGGGCAGGGCGCCCUCCUGGCCUUGGCCGUUGUGUGUCUUAGUCUCUGUGUUUCCCUUUGGUGUCUCCUCUGGUCUCUGUCCCAAUCUUGUGUGCCAUGUGUCCCUGAGGGUGAAUCACACCUGUGUCUGAGUCUGCUGUAAGGUGUUCAGUCUACCUCAAGGGGUCAUCAUGGCAAGCUCUGUCCACAUGGAAUCCUCCUUACAUGCCACACACACUGGAAUGUAUACCGCCCCACCCCCAUAACCUCUUGACCCCAUCUUUCCCCAUAAUCACCACAGACUCCUAGUGCAAAUUGGAUGCUGCUUUAAAUGUGAAAAAUUUGUUCAAAAGCUAUAAAAUCUGAAUGAAAGCUAAAGCUGAACUUAUAAUAAGCCUUGUUGCAUAUGAGCCAAAAGUGCAAAAAGCUCUAUAUAAUGAACUAACCUGCCACUCGUAUAAAUAUAAAUAUAUAUAAAUAUAUUAAAAAUCAGACUGUUCUACAAAAUUGUGUAUUUGUAUUUUUGUGUACGUACAAUUUUCUGCUAAGCAGAAGGAGGGUGUAGUAUAGGGCGCUGUGAGAAGAGAUUUGGUUUAAUCCCAUUUCUUUGUUACUUAUUUUUGUUAACAUCAGAUGCCUGUCUUCGUCUUCUCUGUGUAUGACACUGUUUGGAAAGCUGCAGUAUCCUUCUUCCUUAGGCCAGAGUCUGUGACAAUAAAGCUGGGGCUCAGGGGAGCUGUGUGGCCACCUAACAGAUGGGGGGCAGGCUUGCACCCUUGAGGCCAGGCAUGGGAUGGCAUUCUGACACAUCUCUGGGAAGCAAACUCCCUUUUUAGAAACCAAUUUCCCAGACAAGAUCGUUGGAUAUUCACAGACCAGGGAGCAAGGGGAGACUUUUUUCCAUUGCUCAGGUGGCUUUGCCUGGCAUAGCUCCCAGCCUCCUGGCUCCCACUGGUCCAUGUCUCCCAGGUAGCUGCUGCCUUUUUCAGACAGGGUUACCAGAUGCUCCCCUAUCGGAGCCGUCACCAGAGGUCCAAUUCAUUACCUGGAGCAUCUCAGAACCUACUUUGCCGGUGCUAAACAGGAGAGGGGUUAGAGUGGCUGUGCCAAUCAUGGCCAGAAUGAACCCACCAGAGGCCAAGACAAGCUUGGGUACCCACCGCUGCCCACACCCUCCCAGCCCCCUCCUGGCCCCUGGUGGAGCCUGCUCUAGGGAGUGAUACUGCACCUUCCCAGUAGGACUCAGAUUCUAACAAUGUGUGAUGACUGUAGCAAGAAGCUCUUGUUUCUCGAUGUAAAUGGUCAAAGAAACAAGCGCUCUACUGUAUUGAUUAAAUAGUUCAAUGAGUCCUGUUUCAUUGUAUCUCCUAUUCUGGAUUAGUGCCUUUUGGACAGUAGACUGUUCUGUAAUUAAAAUGUAGUAUACUGCUUUUUUGUACAGUUUUGUUUUAAUAAAACUUUUUUUUAAUUUGUGUUUAUUUUAGUAUUGUACCUAUUAGAGAAUAAAAUGUAUAACUGAG